AAAAAAAAAAAAAAAAAAAAAAAAAAAAAAAAAAAAAAAAAAAAAACAGCAGCAACAACAACCAGCAAGGUCUCUCAUGGGCUUAACGCCACCAUCGUUAAACCACCGUCAAACCAAAACCAAAUUAAACCACCAUCAAACAACGCCACCGCCCUAAAGCAACGCCACCACCAGCAAACCAAAACCAAAACUACAUUAAAAAAAAAAAAAUACAUCAAACCCAACGAUCAACCCAUUCAAAAAAAAUCACCAGCAAACCCAGCCCUCACGCCGAUCCAAACCCACCACCAUGCCCAGAUCAACCCAUAACCCUCACGCCCAGAUCAACACAGAAACCCACAAAUCCAUAGCAACCCCAUCGGAAUCCAUAACAAACCCAUCGGAAUCCAUAGCAAGCUGAUCUGAGAUAGAGAGGAAGGAAGUGCUGAGAUUGUAUGGGUUUCGGGUUUGAAGAGGAGAGAGCAGAACGAAGUAGAGAGAAAUUGGAUAGAGAAAGUGAAAUGAAAUGAGAGAGAGAGAGAGAGAGGAGAGAGAAGAAGCAUCAGACAAAUAAAAAACUGUUUUUAUUAUACAAUACUGCUACAGCUACAGUACCAUCUUAUAAAGAUUGUAAAUUUUUUUGCAAUGGGAUGAUUUUGCAAGUCCGGCUAUUGGGGCUUUGAAAUACCCCAAAUUCUAACCUGCUUGACGGACUGACACUGCAAUAACCAACCGCCAUUUAUGGAUUCAAAUCAACCGAGAGCCGAAACUCUACAGCCUCCUCAAGGCCGCCGCGGUGGCGGUGGCGGUGGCAAUGGUUUCUCUGCUAUUCUCGCAGUCUUCUUAUCCUUUAUCGCCAUCUUCGUCAUGAUGAUGAAUCAAUCACCAUCAACUAUUAGGAAUGGUUUGUCCAUUCUGCACCAAGUUCCAGAAGGCCAUGUUGGGGUUUACUGGAAAGGAGGUGCCCUUCAAAAGACGAUUACAGAUCCAGGUUUUCAUCUGAAGCUGCCUUUUAUAACCCAUUAUGAGCCUGUUCAAGUAACCCUUCAGACAGAUCAGGUUAGGGAUAUUCCCUGUGGUACAAAAGGAGGUGUCAUGAUCAACUUUGAGAAGAUAGAGGUUGUUCACCGGCUUCACAAGGACCAUGUGCAUGACACCCUGCUGAACUAUGGGGUGCAGUAUGACUAUACGUGGAUAUAUGACAAAAUUCAUCAUGAGAUCAAUCAGUUCUGCAGCUCUUACUCUCUUCAGCAAGUCUACAUUGAUGUUUUUGAUCAAAUUGGCGAAAAGAUGAAAGAUGCUCUCCAGGGUGACUGCACACGAUAUGCUCCAGGUAUUGAAAUCAUGAGUGUUCGUGUUACAAAGCCAACCAUCCCGGAAAGCAUAAGACGCAAUUUUGAACAGAUGGAAGAGGAACGCACUAAGGUCUUAAUUGCUAUUGAGAAACAGAGGGUGGUUGAGAAAGAGGCAGAGACAAGUAAGAAAAAGGCUAUUAGUGAAGCUGAGAAGAUUGCAAAUGUGAGUAAGAUCCUCAUGGAACAGCAGUUGAUGGAAAAGGAUAGUGCCAGGAAGCAGCAAGAAAUUGAGAACCAGAUAUACAUGGCUCGGGAAAAGAGUUUGGCUGAUGCAUAUUUCUACCGUGUACUGAAGGAAGCUGAAGUAAACAAGUUGAAGCUGACACCGCAAUUUCUUGAGCUUAAAUUCAUCGAGGCCGUAGCUGAUAAUACAAAAAUUUUCUUUGGGGAAAAGAUUGGCGGCAAUCAGCAAAGAGAGAGAGAGCAAACUAAGUUAAAGAGCAGCAUUGUGACUACUCAUAUUCAACAAUUGGGAACGUUUUAUCCAGCAGAGCCUAAACAUCAGAUUUAGUACGUUGAUUUAUUGUAUUUUAUCCAACACAAAUUUCGCACCUGAUCUUUUUAUUGUAGAACUUUAUAAUUUAAAAUUUAAAAACAAGAAGCAUGAAGCAAGAAGAUGACCUUCCUAAACUUGGUGGUGAGUCACUACUUCUGUUUAUGAAAUCAAUCUUUUGUGAUCAUUAUGCUAUAGGCAAUCAUGAUUAAAAGUGAACACAUUUAGCAUCUAAAUUUAAAAUAUUUUAUUCCAUUUUGUAGAAUUCAAUAGGUGUGUUUGAAAGAUUGAAUUAAUCUUAAUUAAGUUUUCAAUAUCUUUUCAUUAUCCUCUCCUUAUAUCAAUUUCAAAUUCUAAUCAUGUUUUGACAAAUCAAGGAGGUGAUACUAAAUUCCAAUAUUGUCACCAUAUUUAUAAUCAACUUAUUGGUGUUUGCUUUUAUGAAUAAUCAUUGAAUCAGUUAUUAUUCGUACUAUAUUGGAUGUUUUAAACUAAUACUAAUUAUUUCUACUAGACAUUAUAUUAAAUUGUAUAUUUUUAGAAUGAUUGAAUUAUCUUGAUUGUCUUUUGUUUUGAUAUUUGGGUCUCUUUAUUUCCUUUCAAUUUAUAUUUUUGUUGGUCCUAACAUCUAAUUGAAAUGUUUGAUUUAGCCAAUGGCCAUAUCAAACUCCAACUAAUUCUUUGUUAGUUUAAAAGUUUCACCUAAUUAGUGGCUAAUCGACAAAGAAUGAGAAAAACACUGUAAGGAGGUACAAAAACAGCACAAGACUACAAGAGAGCUUGGUGGGCUUCAACUUCUAGAGUUUCUGCCUCUUUGUCGAGGUAAAUUGAUGUUAUUUAGGAAUGAAAUAUCAUUUGAGUUAUUGAGAGAAUAAUAAUUUUAUUUUUUACUUUGACAUCAAAAUCAAUAUAAAUUUUACACAUUUAUGUUAAAUAAUAUCAUGCAUUGCAUGAGUUAGCGACUAGUUAUUAUUAUUAUUUAGUGGAAAGGAAUGUAAAUGUUGGCUGAGGCUUUCAUAAGCUGUUUCAUUUAAACAAAAUUUUUGGGAAGUCGCCAAUUUUUUUGGCUCUUAUAGGCGUUUCAUGCAAUGAGUUAUAUACAACAACAACAAAGUCUUAAUCCCAAAAUUCUAGAGUUGGCUAUGAAUCCUCAACAGAUUAAUUAGUUAGGUUCGGCCACCUGUAUUCUUUUCCUCUAUUCAACUCUAUCAAAAGUCAUACUAUGCAACUUUUGGGCUUGACAUGUCUUUUUUAUUUAUUUUUUAAUUACUUUUACUAAUGAAUUUUGGCCUUCCUCUAUUUUUUUUUUUUUGGUUCCCUCAACUUGGAUCAACUCACUCUUUUUUACCAGGGCAUGGGGCAUUAGUCAUGCUCCUUUGAACAUGACCAAACCAUCUUAAGCAACUAUCCUUGUAGAUCAAAGCUUGAAACAUUUUAUGGGUUGAUGCACAAUCUUUUACUUCCAGUUUCAAUUAACAUUAUCUUUGGUCACUGCUGUCAAUAUGAAUGUUAUUCACAUCUGUUAUGGGUAGAGUUUGAAUUUACAAUAGGUUGUCUGUUUGAUUUUAAUAUACCUGUGGAAGAGAGAAUUUGGUUUGUUUUACAAUGAACAUCGUGACUUUUUAGUUGCUUUUUAAGGGUGUGUAAAACUGUGUAAAACAACUUGUUUGCAACAAGUUUAAUCAUUUGGUAAAUUUGCACCUUAAGACAAAAGGAGAGCUGUUGAAUUUUGGUUCGAUUUUGAUAUAAUACGCUGCAAUGUUAUAUUCUUGAUAUUGCUGGAUGACUAAGCAUGGAAAACAGUACAAUGAAAUGACAGAAUGUUUAUUUAUGAUUACAACUAAAAUGAUCUUGCUCCAACAUUCUAACCUCACAUGUAGUAGAAUUAUGGCAAAUAUUUUAUGCUGGAAUAUCUAUAUAAAUCUUGCUCCAGCAUACUAACCUCACAUGUAGUAGAAUUAUGGCAAAUAUUUUAUGCUGGAAUAUCUAUAUAAAGUCGUUGCUACUCUGGCAUUUGAUUGAGUUGUGCUCUACACCAAUCAAUGCUUGUCAUUCAUGACUCGGUAUAAAAAUAUGAAAUGAACUUAAAAAGUAGUAUGAAUGUGUAUAUGGCGAUUUCCUAAUGUCAUCUGAUCUAAUAAAUUCACAUCUGAUAAUUUCAUUAGUUUAUUUUUGGGGAGUUUUUAUUAUAAUUUUUUACUUCUCAAAAGAAGAAGAAGAAAAGAGUGGUGUAUAUGGGGAUGUAAAUAGAGACAGCAAAUGGAACCUUAAAAAGAGAUGGCCUCACUUAAUUGAUCAAGUUCCCCUUUGCCUAUUUGUCCUGUUACUACAAAAGAAAGAAAAACCCCUUAGCAGUAUAACUUAGUCUGGACUCAGGGCUGGGCUGGCCAAGAGUACUCUGGUGAUUAAGUCAAUUACAACAGAUUUUCCUUUGUUGGGUAAUAAAAAUAGGUUAAGGCUUAGAUACAGUACUUAGGUGCUAUUUCUUAGAUUUUUCUUUUAAAAUUCUGUCAUGUAGAUUUUUCCUCAUGGAAUAGAAGUGUAUUUUUUAGUUAAGUAGCCACAUGGCUGAAUCUUAAAAUGAGAACUUAAGAAACAACAUCUAAGGUACUGUAUCUAAGUUUUGUUCUUAAAAAAAAAAAAAAAAAAAAAAAAAAUCUAAGAUAACGUUC